CCCCGCUCUGCUGAAGCGCAGCAGCAGCAGCAGCGCGGUGGGUGACUACAGUAGAGCUCUGCGCAGUGAGUCAGCUGAGGGAUCACAGGCGCCGGUGAGUGAAUGAAUGAAGACAAGAGAGGAAGAGCCCUGCAGGAUCUGGAGACAGAAAGGCGAAGGUAUCCAUCUCUGUAGAGAACAGUCUGACGCGGAAACACUGAAGUGAUCAGAGCAAGCUUGUUGACGCAUAAUCCCACCCGCCCCGCCGGCACUGGGAGGGGGCAAAUCUAGCUUGCCUAAACUCCAAUCCUGCCAAAGAGAUUUACGGAGUGGCUGCGUCUGCUGCUGUGGGUUCAAACACCUUGAAGACAACAUUUGGUAUGAGUUUUUUUCUAAUAUUUCUGGGAGAUACUCGAAGAUUUCUUUGGAAGCAGAGGAGCUAAUACGCGCAUUAUUAGGCUGUUAAAUUCCCCUGUUGGAUUCGGCACUGUCACUGCGCCGCGGACUGUGCGUGUUUUGGAUGCGUCCUGAGGUGUGGACAGGACUUGCCCGUACAUCACCAUCAUCUUAGCAGGUAUUUGAUCGCGAUUGUGUUGCUUCCACCGGAGAUCUGGAGCCAUGACAGGCCCCCCGCUGGUCCCACAGCCCGCCUGCUGACGGUACCGGGCAGGAUGGGAGCAGGUCUGCCGCUUUCAGGAUCCCGAAGCAGCCGAUUCAUCAAUGGAGGAGGAGAGUGACACCCGGAAAAUCAACAACAGCUUCCUUCGCGACCACAACUAUGCAACCGAAGCUGACAUUAUCUCAACGGUGGAGUUUAACUCAUCAGGGGAGCUGUUGGCCACCGGGGAUAAAGGAGGCAGAGUGGUUGUCUUCCAGAGGGAACAGGAGAGUAAGAGUCAGCCCCAACGUCGAGGGGAGUACAAUGUUUACAGCACAUUUCAGAGUCACGAGCCAGAGUUUGACUACCUGAAGAGUUUGGAGAUCGAGGAGAAGAUCAACAAGAUCAAAUGGCUUCCUCAGCAGAACGCUGCCUACUUCUUGCUCUCCACCAAUGACAAGACAGUGAAGCUGUGGAAAAUCAGUGAGAGAGACAAGCGUCCAGAGGGCUACAACCUGAAGGACGAGGAUGGACGGAUCAGGAACCCGUCGACGAUCACAUCGCUCCGGGUGCCGGUGCUGCAGCCUAUGGACUUGAUGGUUGAGGCUACGGCUAGACGAGUUUUCAGCAAUGCUCACACCUACCACAUCAACUCCAUCUCUGUCAACUCUGACCUCCAGACGUAUAUCUCCACUGAUGACCUCAGGGUUAACCUGUGGAACCUUGAGAUCACCGACCGCAGCUUCAACAUUGUGGACAUCAAACCAGCCAACAUGGAGGAGCUGACGGAGGUGAUCACCUCUGCAGAGUUUCAUCCCCAGCAGUGUCACACCUUUGCCUACAGCAGCAGCAAGGGCUCGAUACGACUGUGUGACAUGAGACAGGCGGCGCUCUGUGACAAACACUGCAAAUACUUUGAGGAGCCAGAGGAUCCCUCCACUCGCUCCUUUUUCUCUGAAAUCAUCUCAUCCAUCUCUGACGUGAAGUUCAGCCACAACGGGCGCUACCUGAUGACACGGGACUACCUCACUGUCAAGGUGUGGGACCUUCAAAUGGAGAACAAACCACUGGAGACAUACCAGGUCCAUGACUAUUUACGAGGCAAACUUUGUUCUCUGUACGAGAAUGACUGCAUCUUUGACAAGUUUGAGUGCGUCUGGAAUGGAUCUGACAGCGUCAUAAUGACCGGAUCCUAUAACAACUUCUUCCGAAUGUUUGACCGGAACACUAAACGGGACGUUACGCUGGAAGCAUCCAGGGAAAACAGCAAACCCAGAGCCAUUCUCAAGCCUCGCAAGGUGUGUGUGGGUGGGAAGCGUCGAAAGGAUGAGAUAAGUGUAGACAGCCUGGACUUCAGCAAGAAGAUCCUUCACACUACGUGGCAUCCGCAUGAGAACAUCAUUGCUGUAGCGGCCACUAACAACCUCUACAUCUUUCAAGACAAGGUCAACUAACGGACAAACUGACCCUGCUGACACCCCUGACACAUGAGGGGCUGCAGGGAGAGGCAGGGUUGGAGAAAGACAGUGAUGAAGCCCUGAUCUACAUCCUCCUCCUCCUCCUCCUCUUCCUGUGUCUUGUUGCUGCCAGUCUUAAAUUUUUCCGCUCUACUGAAGAAGUGCAGAAAAAAAUAUAUAUCCAGUGACUGAUCUCUAAAAUGGACUGGGAAUUUUUGGGAAGCUGGAAAUCAAAACAAACUGGAUACAACUUGUGGAAAGGGUCCCUUAAAAUCAAGAAUGGACUUCUUCUAUUUGAUUUCUAAUUUAAUUUAUUUAGCCCUGCAGACACCUGAAGAAGUGAAUCCUGUGCAUUUAUGCAUCAAGAGGAUUGCUGCAUGAAUAAAAUGAUGUAGCAGCCCUCUGGACCCUGAAGUAAGGGGCUGGAUGUGGGUUCACUGGACAUAAAUAAGAGCACACAGACAGAAACAUAGCUUACAUGAUGGUGGCUCAUUGUCAUGUAGCAACAGUGCCCCCUGUCUUUUUGUCUGCUCAUGCUACGGUGCAUGUGAUCAACCCUGCAGCCUCCGAUUGAGGCUAUGUUUCCAGACAGUUUAAUCUGCUGCAGAGUUCCUACAAAAGAGGAAGAGACUGUUAUUAAUCUCUGACCCCAAAAACUGAGUUUUCUCUGCCUGUGAUACAACGUGGUCAGUCUUUCUAGUUCCAAUUCUGUGUCUCCCUGGUGAGACUGCUGUAGUCUGUAAUGUGAAUGAAGCCCCUCCAGGCUGUGUCAAUGGUUUUAUUUAAUGCUGUUGUUUUAUUGAGUCCUUCUCUCGGUCAAUGAGUCUGUUUAGAAGCUGUGGUGCCUUCUUUUGGUAUGUGGGGGUUUGAUGUAGUGGGAGUGGGAGGGGGGAGGGGACUGAGUACAAGGCAGGAGUGUGAAUGUUUCAAAUGAAAUGUUAACAUAGCAUUUUUUUUUUGGUUGUUGUUUUCCCUCUUUCUCUUAAAACGUAAAAGCUCAACUGAGGUCCGAAGUGAAAAAAAGUGCUUGAAGCGAUGUAGUCCAAAUUACAUUAAAGCACUGGCUACAUGCUUGCGAGUUCAGGGGAGAACGCUGUGAUUUGUACAAAUUAAGUGAUGCUUGUGUUACAUUGCAGUCAGUCUGAUGUCAUCUGUUUGCAAGAGACACAACAGAGCCACAUUGAGGAUUUCUUUUUCUAAUUUGAACUCUUCACCAUAUUUGAGCUUAUUUGGAUAGUACUGAAAAUGAUCUGUAGAUGGUAGUAGAGUAUACUUUUCAUGUUGAUAUAUUGAACCUUAGACUUCUUGGAAUAACAAUGCUAGCACAGCUCUUUUUGCAUGUAUUGGAUCUGAUUCUGAUGAAACGGUCAGCUUGCAUACAGGUAUUUGAGCAUCUACAGAUCAUGUGAAGCACUAUGCAAGUAAAAAGCUGUAGCCCAUUUGAAAAAGGUUUAAUUUGUCAUUGCUGCCGUGCUUGUCCAGUAGCAGGUUGAAUUUCAGCACUCGGCUCUAAUCAGUUUGGAAUUCUUCACUUGUCUCAAAUUUGUUUUCAAGAGCCAACUCCCAUAACAGAAAGCGGUCAAAGGUCUAAAUGAACUCUGUGAAAUCAGGGAAUUAUUAAGUGUGGUUCCUUUGAACAGUUAUGUCUUCUAAACAACCUCCUUUGUGACACUAAUUGAAACAAAAAAAAAACCUUUUAUAGCUCAGAAUGUAUUGAAAUGCAAUUACCAUGCAGUCUUUAUGCUUACUGGACUUUCUUUGAAUAAAAAAGAAUAAAGAUGUGCAAGUUCAAA